GAUUCUGAUAAUCCUGACCUUCGAGACCGGGGCUAUAUUUAUUGGCGCCUUCUCUCAACCGACCCUGUCACAGCCAAAGAAGUAGUCUUGUCCGAAAAGCCACUGAUCUCUGAGGAGACAGAUCUUAUUGAGCCAACUCUGCUGGAUGAGCUAAUCUGCCACAUUGGUUCUUUGGCCUCUGUGUACCAUAAGCCUCCCAAUGCUUUUGUGGAAGGAAGUCAUGGAAUCCAUCGCAAACACUUGCCAAUUCAUCAUGGGAGCACUGAUGCGGGUGACAGCCCUGUUGGCACCACCACUGCAGCCAACCUGGAACAGCCUCAGGUUAUCCCCUCUCAGGGUGACCUUCUGGGGGAUCUUUUAAACCUUGACCUUGGUCCACCAGUCAAUGUGCCACAGGUAUCCUCCAUGCAGAUGGGAGCAGUGGAUCUCUUGGGAGGAGGACUGGAUAGUCUGCUUGGCAGUGACCUUGGCGGGGGCAUUGGAGGAAGUCCGGCAGUGGGACAAUCCUUCAUCCCAUCAUCAGUGCCUGCAACCUUUGCUCCUUCACCUACUCCUGCUGUGGUCAGCAGUGGUCUGAAUGACCUAUUUGAACUUUCCACAGGGAUAGGCAUGGCACCUGGUGGAUAUGUGGCUCCUAAGGCUGUCUGGCUACCUGCAGUAAAGGCUAAAGGCUUGGAGAUUUCAGGAACAUUUACUCACCGCCAGGGGCACAUCUAUAUGGAAAUGAACUUUACCAAUAAAGCUCUACAGCAUAUGACAGACUUUGCAAUCCAAUUUAACAAGAAUAGCUUUGGUGUCAUCCCCAGCACUCCUCUGGCCAUCCAUACACCACUGAUGCCAAACCAGAGCAUUGAUGUCUCCCUUCCUCUCAACACCUUGGGUCCAGUAAUGAAGAUGGAACCUCUGAAUAACCUGCAG